CCGCCUUAACAAAAACUACCACCAGAGAAGAAAAAGAGAGAGAAAUUGAUCGUUGUUUUUUUCUUUAGGAAAAAUCAAUCGAUCUCUCCUUUUUUCCUGUAAUUGAAAAUUUUGUAUUAGAGAACAUUCAUUAGCUUAAACACAUAACAAGCGCAGAAGCUAUCUAGUUAAUUAAUCGAUAAAGAACGUAACAAUGCCGCCCCAAAUGUCAGAUGACGAUCGAGGCGUAGCGAAUCAUCUAUGUACAGCAGUUGCAAUUGAUAAAGAUAAAAACAGCCAGUUCGCUGUGAAAUGGGCAAUUGAUACUCUUUUCAAUAAUAAUCCUAAUUUGAUCCUUAUUCACGUUAGACCACCAAAAUAUGCAAAUCAAUCCGGUAGUGUUAGUGGUGGUGCUGGUGGCGGAGGAGGAGGACCCAGAGAACUCGAUCGAGAUCAAUUUGAUCCAGAUAUCCAUAGCCUUUUCUUGCCUUACCGUGGAUUCUGUGCUCGGAAAGGGGUGCAAGGGAAAGAAGUGGUUCUCGAAGAUAACGAUGUUUAUAAAGCAAUUAUCGAUUACAUUAGUGUCAACUGCAUCAACAACAUUGUGGUUGGUGCAUCGACAAGAAGUGCUCUUGCAAGGAAGUUUAGGAACAAUGUGGAAAUACCAUCAGCGAUAGUAAAGGCAGCACCAGAGUUCUGUAAUGCGUACGUAAUAUCUAAAGGGAAGGUGAUAACAUCCAGAGCUGCUAGUCGUCCCGCAUCUAAUACUGCUGCUCCACCGAAACAACCAUCUAUACCUCCUCAUUUUCCUCCUAGCGCUCAACCUCCUCAUCACGAUCAUUCUUCUGCUUCUUCAAAUGAUCUUGAAGAUUCACCUAUCAGGACGCCAUUUAACAGAAGAAGUUUGAGAACUGGAACAGUAACACCGCCGGAGAGGAGGUCUACUGAUCGUAAUGAUUUCAUGAGAUCACCAGCAAGAGACAGACCCAUGUCAUCGGGUGGAAAAACACCAAAUGAUGCACUACUGAUGGACAACUUUGAUCUUUCGAUGAGACCGCAAAGGGCAACACAUAGUCGUGAUUCUUUCUCGGAUGAUAUUGAUUUUACCGGUGGAUUAACGUUUCGAUCUUUUGAUAUGUCUAAUGAAAACUUAGAAUUUUCAGCUAACAGUACUGAAGACACUACCCCAAGAACCUCAGUUUCAUCUCAAUCUUCGAGAGAAUUAGAAGCAGAGAUGAGAAGACUAAAGCUUGAGUUGAGACAAACCAUGGACAUGUAUAGCACAGCUUGUAAAGAAGCUAUAUCAGCUAAACAAAAGGCUCAAGAGCUUCAUCAAUGGAAGAUGGAAGAAGCUAGAAAAUUUGAAGAAGCGAGAUUAGCAGAAGAGGCAGCUUUGCAGAUGGCGGAGAUAGAGAAGGCGAAAUGCAAGGCAGCAAUGGAAGCAGCUGAAGCUGCACAAAGGUUAGCUGAAAUGGAAUCACAUAGGAGAAGGAAUGCUGAACUUAAGGCGAAGAAAGAAGCCGCGGAGAAGAAAAGAGCAUUGGAUGCUUUGGCUCAUAAUGAUGUUCGGUAUAGAAAAUAUACAUUAGAUGAAAUUGAAGCUGCAACGAAUAAUUUUGCAGAUGAUCAGAAAAUUGGUGAAGGUGGUUAUGGUCCUGUGUAUAAAGCUUUACUUGAUCAUACUCGAGUCGCGAUUAAGGUUUUAAGACCAGAUGCUGCUCAAGGAAAGAAGCAGUUCCAACAAGAAAUUGAAGUACUGAGUUGUAUGAGGCAUCCAAACAUGGUUCUACUUCUAGGUGCUUGUCCUGAAUAUGGUUGUCUAGUUUACGAGUUCAUGGACUAUGGAAGUUUGGAUGACAGGAUUUUCAGGAGAGGAAACACACCUCCAAUUCCAUGGUGGAUAAGAUUCAAAAUAGCAGCAGAAGUCGCGACAGCUCUACUAUUUCUCCACCAAGCAAAACCGGAACCGCUCGUUCACCGUGAUCUUAAACCUGCCAACAUUCUUCUAGAUCGAAAUUACGUUAGCAAAAUCAGUGAUGUCGGGCUGUCACGUUUAGUACCGCCAUCUGUAGCCGACACAGUUACGCAGUACCACAUGACAUCGACAGCAGGAACGUUUUGUUAUAUAGAUCCGGAAUACCAACAGACAGGAAUGCUGGGUGUUAAAUCAGAUAUAUACUCGCUUGGUAUUUUGUUGUUGCAAGUCAUUACUGCAAAGCCUCCAAUGGGUCUUACGCAUCAUGUUGAACGAGCAAUCGAGAAAGGAACUUUUGCAGACAUGCUUGACCCAACUGUCACAGAUUGGCCCAUGGAGGACACCUUGUCAUUUGCAAAACUGGCUUUGAAAUGUGCAGAGUUACGAAGAAAAGAUAGGCCUGAUCUUGGGUCUGUUAUUUUACCUGAGCUUAAUAGAUUGCGAAAUCUUGGAACCGGUGAAUCAGGUGGUACUAUGAACUCUGGGAAUAUGCCACCACGUUCUCCCGAUAUUUCACGUCAGAAGUCACCAAAUACAAGUCAGGAUGCUGUAGUGAGGAGCCACGCUGUACCAGGGAACUCACGUAGAGCUUCGUUUGACGAACAGUUUGGCAGAUCAAGUCCUGCUAUACCUGAAUCGUUUGUGCCGAAAAGGAUAUAUGAAAGCAAUGACGAACCUUUAAGAUAGUUGUAUUUUUAAGGAAAAAUAAGUAAAAAAACAAUAACCAACACCGAUUUCGAAGCUGUUAUCGAUCAUUGUAAGUUUGUAAACACUGUAAUUUUUCUUACUCUUAAUCAUUCUUAAUUCAGCCUUUCCAAAUUUGAUAUUUUUGUAUGAUGUUAAUGGAACACAGUUUUAACAAAUUUUUGUCGCC